UUGCCAGAUAACAUAGGUGAAGCUCCACAUAUGAGAACCCUCUUGUUGUCGGGCAAUGAUUUCUCUGGACCAAUCCCCAAAUCCAUCUCAAAUAUAUCAUUGCUAUCAAUACUUGACUUGUCAAAGAACAGACUUUCAGUUGACCAACCUGGAAUUGAGCAACAACAAGCUCACGGGUUCCAUUCCAAGUGGCCCUCAAAUGGACAGGAUGAACAAUCCAAAUUCUUAUGCUAAUAACAGUGGAUUGUGUGGAAUGCAAAUUCAAGUACCAUGUGAUAAGGCGUUUCCAGAGCCAAAGCGAGAGAAGAAGCCAAAGGAAAGUAGAAGUAGAGAGACAUGGUUUUCGUGGGUUAUGGCUGGAAUUGGAUUUCCUUUUGGAUUGUUGUCGACAGUGUUGGUUUUCUAUGUUAUUGGUUACUUUGAUGUUGUCCCAAAGUGCAGUCAAAGACGCCAUGUCAAUUGCGUUUGCUGGUAGUAACAUUUGAGUGUGAUUUAAUUUUUCAUGCAUGUUGUUUUUGUGCUAUUAUCAAUUAGUGCAGUUGCAAUUGUGGACAUGUAUUAAUGUAAUUUAUAAGUGUGCUUCGUCAUUAAUUAGAUUAUGUAAGUAAGGAGUUUUGGUCUUAGUUUUGGUUGUGUGGGAGUGGGUUUUGCUUAUUGACUUUGUAUGUUUGAUCACUGUGUGUCCUGUUGCUGUAUUGCAUGUUAUAUGUGCUCGAGUCCUUUUUUUCUUUUA